AUAUAAACCCUCUCUUUUUCUUUUCUUUUUUCUAAUCAUGAUAAUACUUUCAACUAUCAAAAGACAAUCCAUUCGAUUUUAUUCAACCAAGAUUCCUUUUGAUACAAAACCAUUCCCCUUUUCUCGAUUUGAACCUUGUUGUCCUGCUACAAGUCAUAAGGCAGACAAUGGAUUUGUGCCAUGCAAACAACAUCCUAUUCCACCUGUCUUGGGCAAGAAGAUUGAUAUGACAGAGCCUAUGACAGCAGCUAGUUCUUUGCGUCAUAUUGUGGGUUGUGUUGGUGAUGGUCUUGAAUGGACUCGAUCUAAAGUCGAAUCAGUACCUGGUGGUAUUGUUCAGAUCCUGAUGAAUGCAGAAAAUGACUGGUUAAGACACAAUAGACCUUUGCAUACAGAAAAUGCCUUGUUGACUACAGUCACUGACAGACCAAUGGAGGACCAUUCAUUGCCUGACGUAUUGUUGUUUCCUGAAUUUAAAAUGAUACCUCAUGUUGAGACUCGCCAUGGUGUGUUACCUACAGACUCGACCUUGUAUCGAGUGAUGGAUUCUAUUUGGCGAGAUCCUUCGCAGCCCUUGGAUACUAUUCAAGAUUGGCAAGAUAUUCAGGCAGAUACAGUUGUGUUUGUGUGUACACAUGGAAGAAGAGAUUUACGCUGUGGAAGAAUAGGACCUUUGAUCAUAGAUGAAUUCAACCGUAUCAUUCAACAAAAAGGCUUACAAGAUAAAGUACAAGUAUGGGGUACCAGUCAUUUUGGAGGCCAUAAAUUCGCUGGUAAUUUGAUUAUUCAUCAACGUGGUUUAGGCGGGCAUAUGUAUGGUAAUGUUAGACAAUGCCAUGUUGAGAGUAUCUUUGAUAGACACAUUAUGCAGGGUAAAGUGAUAAAGGAAAUAUGGAGAAAACAAGUAACACCUCCUUCUUUAUCACGUGGCAUAUAAAUAAUAAAUUCUCCCUCUUCUCUC